UUACAUAUUUGCGCCAGUGCCCACCAUGUGUUCGAUAUUAUCACGAAAUGAGAAAACGGUCUUCGCCUUCGUUUACUUCAUCGAAUUCUUCUUCGUUUUUUCUGAAGUUUGGGUUUGUGAGUUGGUAUCUGCGGAAGCUCGAAACCCAGCCAAUUAUCACAAAGAGCAUAACAUCAUCACUUAUUUUUAUUGCAGCUGACUUGACUUCGCAGACAAUUACCAUGCCAUCGGAGUCUGCUCCCUAUGACUUGAAAAGGACAUUGAGCAUGGGAACAUAUGCGUUAUUCAUUAUGGGGCCAUCACAACAUAUGUGGUUUAACUUCUUGUCCAAGGUUUUACCAAAGACAGAUGUGCCAUCAACCUUGAAGAAAAUUUUCAUGGGGCAGCGGGUAUUUGGUCCUAUCAUCAAUACUGUUUUCUUCUCUAUACCUCUGUUCUGCGAGGUGAAAGUGGUUCUGAAAUCGUUGCUAAGUUGA